AUGAAGUUAUUAGUUCUUAUUCUCAUUGCUUGUUUAGUCAUUGCUUAAGCUUAAGAAGACCUCAAAUAAAAGGAGACCACUUAGUAGGAAUCUGAAAAUCUUAAGGAUGAAAUCAAUGCCAGCAAUGUGGCUGAAGGCAAAUCAAAAUCAAGAACCAAGGAAGAAAUCAUCAAAGAAAGAGAUACACUAUAAACUUUAUUAAAGACAUUGAAUUAUUCUUGUAUAGUUCUGGCUAGAAUGUAACUAUCAAGAUACAAGUCUGAGUUAAUGAAAGUUAUUGAGAGUCAUUAAACUAAACAAGAGUAAAGCAUUGUGUGGAAGAAAAUUUAUACUUCAUAUGUCAGUUAAUGUCAAAAGAGUAUUACAUAUGAUGAUAGUGUUAAGAUCUUUUCUUAAAUUUAGUCUAAAGAAUUCAAAUUUGAUGAUUACAGAUUCAUCUAUGAUAACAUGUCAUUAGAAGAUUAUAGCAAUGAUAAGGUGGAUAUGCAUAUUACAUAAGCAGAAGAAAAAAUAUGGCAAUACAUACAGGAUUUCGAAAAAGCCAUGGAUUCCAAGGACGAGGAGGAUGAUGAUUCAACUCUCAAAAGAAAUUUUGAUUUAGAACCUAAAGUAUUUGGAUUUUCCUUAAAAUCAGUAAAAUCAUUACAAUACAUUAUGUUCUUUUUGUUUGUUUCUUUUAUUUUAUUUUUGGGAUAUAUAGCAUUCAAAAAAUUACCCAAGUAAUAUGAGGAUCAAAAAAAGAAAAGAAGAAACUGAUAUCUAUUAAUUUUUUAAUUUAUUUAAUUAUUCAAUAUUUAUAAUAG